AAGACAAAUGGAAAAUCAAUGUGUGCAAAUUGACUUGUCACAUUUCAAUUGGUUGACAAUUAGGGCACUAUAUAUUUGCACCUAUACAUAUUCCUCUCGUGUCAUCUCACUCUUGCUCUUUCUCUCUCUACGAGUCGGACCAGUCGGUCAUGGGAUUACGGAUCUAAUACUUAUAGUUAGGGGAAAUUGUGGUAUUUUGGGUGAUCGACGGUGAACUUGAUGCAGUAGGGUGUGGAUGAAUUUCUGAAUUGAUGAUUUUGUGGGCCUGUGGAUUUUCUAGGUUUUGGCUCCCAAAGUUGAAUUUUGGGAUUUUUUUUCUUGAGCUGGGCUGUUUAUAUGUUUGAGUAGGGUUUUUUUUUUGGGGGCAACUGAAAUUCGUGAUGGAUAGCAACAAAGAUGAGGCGUUGAGAUGUAUAAACAUUGCGAAAGAGGCAAUUGCAGCAGGUAAUAAGCAAAGAGCCGUGAAAUUUAUUGGCAUUGCUCGCCGCCUUAACCAGAGUUUAUCCGUGGAUGAUCUCUUGGCCGCUUGUGAGAAUCUCGAUUCCUCGUCUUCUGCCGGCCCAUCUAGUAAUGUGAAGAAGGCUUCCACGGUGAAGACCGAUCAGGGUGCUGCCGCAAAUUCUGAUGGGAUUUCAAACGGGGAGAGGAAUUACACGGACGAGCACGUGCUCUUGGUGAGGCAGAUCAAGACGAAGAAGGAUUACUAUGCCAUUCUUGGGGUGGAGAAGAGUUGUUCGGUAGAGGAGAUUAGGAAGGCGUAUAGGAAGCUUUCGCUGAAAGUCCAUCCUGAUAAGAAUAAGGCACCAGGCUCUGAGGAGGCUUUCAAGAAAGUUAGCAAGGCGUUCAAGUGCUUGAGUGAGGAUGAGUCGAGGAGGCAGUAUGAUCAGACGGGUUUGGUGGACGAGUUCGAGCAUAACCAGCAGUAUCAGACUAGGAGGAGGCGGAGGAGAACAGGGAAUGACUUCUUUGACGAUGAAUUUGAUCCUGAUGAGAUAUUCAGAGCGUUUUUUGGCCAACGUGACGCCUUCAGGAAUGCUCAUGUUUACAGGACUAGAACGCAUACUGCUGCUGCACAUCAAAGGGAAGAUUUGGGUAACACGGGCCCUAGUCUUAUGCUGCUUCUUCAGCUGCUGCCGUUUUUGAUAAUCAUUCUGCUUGCUUAUCUUCCAUUUUCGGAGCCUGAGUACUCGUUGCAGAAGAACUAUUCUUACCAGUUUAAGAAAAUGACAGAGAAACAUGGAGUAGAGUACUUUGUUAAGUCGCCUGAAUUUGAUAGGACCUAUCCGGCUGGAACCGCUGGCCGGCAUGAAAUUGAGAAUAACGUGAUAAAGGAUUACAAGCAUAUGCUUGGACGUUACUGUCACAUGGAAAUGCAGAGGCGUCACUGGAAUAGGCACUUCCCGACUCCUCAUUGCGAUAGGCUUCAAAGUUUUGCCGCAUGAAGAUCAUCCAAGUUGAUGACCUCCAGUCGGAGAUUCAGGCACUAUCAGUUGCAUAUCCACCAUGGAAAUCCCUCGCUGGCAGUAGAACUCGGCAGAGGCUGGCUUCCUCCCGUUUCUAAUCCGACCUCGUAGCCAUGAGCUCGUUCGAGGGUCUUGUCUGAGGGAGGUUUUUUUGGCAAAGGAACCAUGCGAAAGUUAUCGUUUCAUUUAUGUAUAUUAUAUUGCUGCUAUCAAUAUUGCCACACACUGAAUGUUAGCGUUUCAGAUAGAUGGAAAAAUUAUUUGAUGAUGUCUGCGAUUUUAGCCAAUAAUAAGGUGAGGCUUCCGAGCUUUUUUGAUUCGUA